AAAAAAAAAGCUACUGUUCUAAUAAGAAAAAAAAAAAAAAAAAAUGGGGCGUAGGAAAAUUCCGAUGGAGAUGGUGAAGGACAGCAGCACCAGGCAAGUGACGUUUUCGAAACGCCGAAACGGCGUUUUCAAAAAGGCAGACGAGCUCUCGACGCUAUGCGGCGUCGACGUGGCCGUCAUGGUUUUCUCUCCCGGAGGAAGACCCUACUCGUACGGCAACCCCAGCGUCCACGCGGUUGUCGACCGCUACCUUGGCCCUGUCGACCGAUCCUCCGAAACGCAUAAUCGUAGCGUUUGCAAAAACGCAAACGCCACUUCUCGGAGGGCCAAGAGAACAACUGCCGCCAAGGCCAGGGUUGAAAAUUCUCUUGCAUGCCUCCACAGUUUCGAGGAAGAGUUGGAAGUUGAGAAACUCCGCGGGGAGGCCCUUGAGAAGAAUCUGAAGAAAACGUGCGAAAAUAACAAUAUUAAGGAUGUGAAGGAUCUGAACAUGGACGAGCUGAAGGAGACGAAGAAAAAACUCGAAGCUCUUCGUGAAAUGAUCAAUGGCAGAGCCGUGGAAAUGGAAGCUUCUUCUACGCUUAUGAUGCUCUCGCGGUGUAAGACUCCGACUAAAUCGGAAGGUUCGAAGAAGGGUAACAAGAAGAGGAGAAUCUAAGUGCCCGAGAAUAUAUCAAUGUUCCUAGUUCAAUAUGUUGUAAUGUCUCGGAUUUCGUGUUUUUGAGUUUGAAAAUAAUAUGAAUCUAUUUUAAUGGAA